AUGUAUAUUAUUUCAGUCAUUUUAGCAACUAUCCUCAUCAUACCAUUCGCAUUGAAAACCUUCUCUCCUUAUCUUUGGAUGGAUAUUCUGUAUUUCGGGGACCUACUGCGGAUUUUCGUGAGGUUUGUGUCAAGGCGAAGAAGGAGACCUCUCUUCUUUGUUUUGGACCGUUUCUUGGAGCAGACCGCCGCGCUGCCACACAAGCCCUUCAUUGUGUUUGAAAAUGAGAUAUACUCGUACACUCACACGGAUAAAAGGAGUAACAAAGUGGCCAACGCGCUCCGGACUCAGCGCGGUUACAGAGCCGGAGACACCGUCGCACUGUUCAUGGGGAAUGAACCCGCCUUCUUGUUUACCUGGCUGGCUUUGGCUAAGUUAGGGUCUCCUGUGGCUCUGCUCAACCACAACAUCCGCACCAAGUCUCUGCUGCACUGCUUUAACUGCUGCAAGGCUAAAGUGCUGAUAGCAGCCUCAGAACUAAAGGACGCCGUGGAGGAUGUGCUGCCCUCCCUGACAGAGCAGGGCGUCACCGUCCUCCUGAUGACCAAACACUGUGACACACCUGGAAUCGAGAGCUUCUCUGAUAAAGUGGACGAGGCGCCGGACACCCCGCUCCCUCAGUCCCUCCGAUCGCACAUCACAUUCAAAAGUCCUGCAGUUUAUAUUUACACCUCUGGAACUACAGGUCUCCCUAAGGCAGCUGUGGUCAAUCAGAACCGCCUCCUGACAGCUCUGGCUGUUUUAGCUUCAAAUGGUGUAAUGCCUAGUGAUGUCAUCUACCUCAACCUGCCUCUGUACCACACAGCUGGAUUUAUUGUGGGCUUUAUUGGCUCCAUUGAGACAGGGUCAACUAUCAUCCUGAAGAGGAAGUUUUCUGCCUCUCAGUUUUGGGACGACUGCAGGAAACACAGUGUGACUGUUAUCCAGUACAUCGGAGAGGUGAUGCGUUACCUCUGUAGCACAUCAAAGAGAGAAAAUGACAAGGACCAUAAAGUAAGACUGGCCAUUGGUAAUGGUGUCAGAGCAGACGUAUGGAGAGAGUUUCUCAGUCGCUUUGGGAACAUUCAGGUCCGAGAGUUUUACGCCUCCACUGAGGGAAAUGUGGGAUUUAUCAACUAUGCGGGGAAAAUUGGAGCCAUUGGACGUGUCCACUUCUUGCAUCGGAAGCUGUUUCCCUACACUCUUGUCAAGUAUGACACAGAGCGAGAUGAACCAAUCCGAGACGCUAACGGCCUCUGUGUGGAGUCACCCAAAGGUGAGACAGGACUGCUGGUGUCCAAGAUCACAGACAUCGCUCCUUUUGUCGGCUACGCCCAGAGUGAGGAACAAACGGAGAGGAAAAGACUUCGUGACGUUCUCAAGAAAGGAGAUCUUUACUUCAACAGUGGAGACCUAAUGAGGAUUGAUAAAGACAACUUCAUUUACUUUCAGGAUCGUGUAGGUGACACAUUCAGGUGGAAAGGUGAGAAUGUGGCCACGACCGAGGUGUCUGACAUCCUGACCAUCAGUGAUUGUCUCAAAGAGGCCAACGUUUAUGGAGUCCAAGUGCCAGGACACGAGGGCCGGAUAGGAAUGGCGGCUGUCACUGUGGAGGAAGGCGCCCAAUUUGAUGGAAGUAAAAUGUAUAGCCAUGUGGUCAGCUACCUGCCCUCAUAUGCCCGACCUCGCUUUAUAAGGAUACAGAACGCUGUGGAGGUGACUGGGACUUUCAAGCAGAUGAAGGUGAAGUUGGUGGAGGAGAGUUUUGAUCCAGGACGUAUCCAGGACCCUCUUUAUGUCCUUGUCGAUAAUGAGAAGGCCUACAUACCGCUGACGUCUCCGGUCUACUCCUCCAUCAUAUCAGGAAACAUCAAACUAUGAGCAGGUUCUUAGUGUUCACUAACUGCAUGCUUUUCUGACUGGCUGCAUUGAUACUUUUAAUAGUGAACUUCCAGCUCAGGGACAGAACAAAUCUCAAAGUAUAACUUAUACAGUAUGUAGUAAACCAACAUGGAGACAUAAACAUCUUUGUCAAUAGCAGUUCAUGGGAGUCAAACGUUUAAAACGUAAUCGUAAGGAUUAAUCUCAGGGGCCAGAGUCAGCCUGCGAGGAGUGGAGGGAGUUUGAUAUACAUAAAUGAUAUACAUAUACUUACUGACAAGUGGUAAUAUAAAUAGUGUAUUUACUAGCAUGAUGAGGACCGCUGUUUCUAAAGUAAUCUGUCUAAUAAUGGUGUGGAGAAGUGUUGCUGUUGGGGUGAUCGCAUCAAAGACACAACAUGGAUAAACAGAUAGUGUACAGUCUAACAGUCUUCAUGGAGAGCAAACUAUAAUGCAGUGACUUUCUCUCACAGGUACUAUCUGAUGUACUCAACAGAUUACUUUGUUUUUAGGAAAGAUGUAAGUAGCGUGUAGUGGUUUUAGAAUUACUUAUUAUAAAUGAC